AUGGGCAAAUCUAACAGCAAACUGAAGCCCGAGGUGGUGGAGGAACUGACCAGGAAAACCUACUUCACAGAAAAAGAAGUACAGCAGUGGUAUAAGGGCUUUAUUAAAGACUGUCCCAGUGGUCAGCUGGACGCAGCCGGUUUCCAGAAGAUCUACAAACAGUUCUUCCCCUUCGGAGACCCUACCAAGUUUGCCACCUUUGUCUUCAACGUCUUUGAUGAAAACAAGGAUGGACGCAUUGAGUUCUCUGAGUUUAUCCAGGCAUUGUCUGUCACUUCGAGAGGAACCCUGGAUGAGAAACUCAGAUGGGCGUUUAAACUUUACGAUCUGGAUAAUGACGGCUACAUCACUCGUGAUGAGAUGCUGAAUAUUGUGGAUGCCAUUUACCAGAUGGUGGGGAACACAGUGGAGCUGCCUGAGGAGGAGAACACGCCAGAGAAAAGGGUGGACCGCAUCUUUGCUAUGAUGGACAAGAAUGCAGACGGGAUGUUGACCCUGCAGGAAUUUCAGGAGGGUUCAAAGGCAGACCCGUCAAUCGUUCAGGCCCUGUCUCUGUACGAUGGACUCGUUUAA